AUGACCGACAAUCUCUCGCAAACAUUAUCCGCCCGCUGCUUCCUCCCAACUAGUCAAAAUCGCUCCGGCGCCACAAAGACCCUGCAGUCAGGGCGAGAGACGAACGAUGGCGGAAAGAAACGCGGUCGGCCACGGAUGGCGCCGGCGGGGGAUACGACACAGAUGGACCGCCGCGCCCAAAUCCGCUACGCGCAGCGCACAUACCGCCACAAGAAGGAGCUGCGGCAGCGGCAUAUGGAGCACCGCGUCGCCGAGCUCGAGGGGACGAUAGGGCGUGUGUCGGAUUCAUUGUCCGAGUUUUUUGACAUGGCCAUCGAGUCGGAUCUGCAUGUUACGCAUCCGCAGUUGUUCGAUCGGCUUAGGGAGACGGUUACGCAUUUGAAGCGGGCGGCGGGUGAAACAGAGAAUGGGGCCGAGAAGAAUUCGCACAGGGAGCUCAUCCUCCCUGUGGUUUUCUCCGCAAAUGUGAGUUCUGGAGAUGCAGGUCCGUUUGGAUACAUGGUCAAUUGUCUCCAAGAUGCCGCCGUCGCCGCCGACCGAGGACCCAUGCAGCCCUUUCGCAGGAAGACAAGCGCUCUCCAUCAAAUCGAGCGCCCACUCCCCGGAAACAUCAACUAUACAUACAGCCACAACGAACCCUCUCUCCUCCGCACGCUCCAACGCUACUGCCUAGAAUACACCUACCGCCUCUUCAGCGACGCACGCACCGACCCCCGCGAAUUCUACCGCGUCUUCCGCCUCGUCCCCUGCGUCAAGUACCGCGAAAAGAUGGGUAAAUACCUCCUGUGCCUUGUGCGGUCCGGCACGAAUGAGCGGCUUGAUAUACCCGCUUUGCCAUUCUACUGUAUUGGGGGUGCGGGGAUGCAUUAUCCGCGGGUUGAGGCGGGGAAAAGGGUUUGGAAUGAGAAGAUGAGGCUUCCGAGACGGGUCCUCAGCACGGUGGCGAGUUUGCUAGGGGAAGAUGUUGGAUCUGUCGACCGGGGGAGGCUACUUGAGAUGGCCGGGUUGGAUGGGGUGUGGUUGGAUUCGAAUGAUGUUGUGGGGUUUUUGGAGGAGCGGGGGGUUCUUGGUGCCGAGCAUAGAGGGGACGGGGUGGGUGUAUCCAUGUCGCUGGAUCUAGAUCGGUUCCUGCAGGGUAAGUAUAUCCUCUGGCCGUUCUGGAAGAUACUUACCUAUCCAGCUCUUGCGGAGAAUAUGGUGAUCCUCGGGAGGUCGCCAGGGUUUCGGCUGCGGGAUGUCGAGGCUGCACUGGCCGGUGCUUUGCGGGUGGACUCAACGUAG